AUGGGCGGCGUCGAUUUACUUGACAAUGAAGUUGUUAACUAUCGUAUCGGGAAUAGAAGCAAAAAGGGGUGGAGGCCAUUAUGGGUACAGUGUUUAGAUAGUGCUGUAGUAAAUAGAAGCAAUAAGGGGUGGUGGCCAUUAUGGGUACAGUGUUUAGAUAGUGCUGUAGUAAACGCUUGGAAACUAAAUUGCUUUGUCGCUGCUUCUACCAACACAAAACCAAUACCUCAAUUAGACUUCAAGAACUUCAUUGCAAGAAACCUUCGUGCAUCAGAGAAUUCAAUUUUCAUUACAGAAGCUACCGCUUACGAUGAUUUGAAAAAGGAAAGUCACACAGUGCAGCAGAAGAUAAAUACACGCAAACUAUGGACCAAAAAGGAAACGAAGUGUUUUCUAGAGUGCUACUUGACACGAAAGGAAGAGUUUUUGGAAACCAGAAAAAAAAGACUUGGAUAUCAACAUGUACUUGAGGACAUGAUAGCACAUGUAAUUGCAGAUGACUUUAAUCCAGUGUGCUUAGAAAGAAAAAUGCGCACACUUCUAAGUGCAUUUAAAGCAGCCAAAGAUAACAACAGACGGACUGGUGCAUCACCAUGUUUACCACCCUACAUGGAGUUGAUGAACGAAAUAUUUGGUGAUAAACCAAUUAUUUCAAAUAAUCACACUGCGACGUUAGGGUUUGACAGCUAUGUUGUAGAUAUAGAGGUGCUGAAAGAGUUGGAAAUAAACAUUGUGCAAACGCACGCUGAGCUAUCGCCAACGCAAGAAUCACCAACGGAAGAAUCGCCAACGCAGGAAUCUAUAACGCGGGAAUCGCCAAUGCAAUAAUCAUCAACGCAGGAAUUGCAAAUGCAGGAAUUGCCACAACCUUCAACUUCAUUAUUUAACCGCAAAAGAAAAUCUGUGCGUCAAGAAUAUUAUGACAACAAAUAGAGGAAGAGAAAUUAAAAUUUUUUAAAGAAACU